AUGGCGAGUUUCUCGUCGUUUUCGGGGCGCCUGCUGCUGGCAGUGUCGCUCCUCUCUUUUGCGGAGACGCUCGCGAUGAGCGCGAAGAUUCGCAUUGACCCGAUGACGCACGACGUGUCGCUGGUUUCUCAGCAGAACUGGGACGGCAAGGUGCUCAAGUUCCGCGACACGCAGGUCUUUGCCGUUCUCUUCUACAAGGACGACUGCGCCGAGUGCAAGACGCUGAUUGACGGCGAGUUCAACGUUCUGGCGAAGAAGAUGAAGGGCAUGGUGGGCGUCCUCGCCGUCAACUGCGGAGAAAACGCCAAGCUGUGCAGGGACCAGAAAGUCGAGACCUUCCCCUCCAUCCUUAUCUACCCCGUGCUGCCGCUUCCGCCCUACAAAUUCGAGGGCAAGGCGGACUCUGCGUCUCUCUCCAGGGCGCUGGGGCCGCUCAUCCCGUCGAGCGUGAUGACGCCGAAGGACCUGAAAGACUUCGAGAAGGCGAUGGCCUCCUUCGUGCAGGUGCCCAAAGUCCUCAUCUUCUCUGAGAAGAGCAAGCCCUCGAUUUUGCUCAAGGCACUCAGCACUGCCUUCAAGGACAAGCUCCACUUGGUGCUGCUCUCGAGCGAGAAGUUCCCCGAGUUGGUCAAGAAGUACAAGGUCUCGAAGACUCCGCACAUGGUCGUCACGCGUAAGGACAAGAAGGACGAGGUCUACAAAGGUGAGUUGACCUUCCAGGCGCUCUUUGACUGGCUGAACGUCUUCUCAGAGACCUUCGUUCUCGGCGGCGGCUUCUCGGACCACUCGCCCAAGGCCGAGGCCUCCCCCGAAACGCAGCCAUGGAAGUUUCAGGUCAUCCCCGAGUUGACAAAGCUGUCGAGCGCGGAUCUGUGCUUCAAGAAGAGUCUGAAGGCGCUCUGUGUGAUCUAUCUGAAGGAAGGCCGCGAGCUGACCGCGGAGGAGACCGACAUGCUGGAGAGUCUGAAGCUCCAGUUCGACAGCGGCAAAGGCCCCGAGUUCCGCUUCAUGUGGAUGGACGUCGCGACGGAGAAGGGGUUCCGCGCGCUCUUUGACUUCGAGCAGUAUCCCUCGCUCGUCGUCUUCAACCCGCAUUUGAAGACGCGCUUCACCAAGAUCGACUCUGAGGAGUCUCUAUCAAAGGAGACGAUUAAGGCCCUGCUCGACAAAAUCGUUGCAGGCAACGCCCGCUUCAAGGUCGUCCCGGCUGCCAAGAUGCCGGCGUGGGAGAACCGCAAGGAAGAGAAGAAGGACGAAAAGAAGGCGGACAAGAAAGACGAGUUGUAA